AUGCUUUCCGUCCGGCGUGAGCCGAGGCGGGAGGCGCCCCGCAAGCAUCGCACCGCACGCACCGCCCGGCGCUGCUCGUGGCUGCUGGCCGCCGCCGCCGGCGCCACGCUGCUGGUGGUGGCGGCGCUGGCGGCGGGCUGGCUGCCGGGCCUCGGCCCCAAGCCUGCCGCGCCCACACUCCCCGACGGCCCGGCCCCAGACCUCGUGGACCAGCACCCAGCUGCUGCCUACGUGGAUGAGCCAGAGCCAGAGGUGGAUGAGGUGACGGCCAGGGAGCGGUACUUUCCUGCCGAGGCGGGACGCCCGCUGGAGCAGCUGCCGCGGCUGGGGCCCGACCGACUGGCCAAGUGGCUGCGGUUUGCGGAGGAGAAGAAGUGCAGCACCCGCGACGCCGACUACAUCCAGAUCUUCCGGGAUCUGGAGCCCUUCCGGCGGGCGGGCGGCGUGGGCGCGGGGGCGGUGGCCGCCACGCUGCGCCUGCUGCGCUCCAAGGGCCUGGCCACGCUGAGCGUCAAGGCCGGCCGCGCGACGAUCGUGGAGCCGGAGCGGGGGCAGGGGCGGCCGCCGCACUACCGCGUGCCCUUCUGGCAGGACCUGCUGUCGGAGUUUGAGCGGGACCUCCCCGACAUGGAAGCUGUGCUGAACCUGCUGGACGAGCCGCGCAGCUGGGACGGCCUCAUCUCCGGCCGCCUGCAGGGGCUGCUGGACAACGGUACCGUGACUGUGCGCCAGGCGUGGCACGCGCAGGGCUGCGACGGCGUGCGCGGCGUGGCCUCCCUGCGCCACCGCCACGGCUUCCUGCAGUCCACCCUGCUGUUCCAGGCCGAGCGCGGCCUGCUGCCCGUGUUCUCGGGCAGCAAGAUCGAGGGCUGCUUUGCAGGCGCGCGCCGCAGCCCGCGCCGCAGCGCCUGGCUGCACUGCAGGCGCCUGCCAGCCUGCGCCGCCGCCGCAGACAUUCUGAUCCCCACCGCCCAGAACAACGCGGGCUGGCUGAACGACGCAGCCCUCAACUCGGGCUGCCCCAUCAGCAAGCUGCCUUGGGAGGGCAAGAAGAGCAAGGGGGUGUGGCGCGGCAGCACCACAGGCGGGCAGGUGCACGAGCUCAUGUCGCACACGGAGUGGCAGGGCUACCACCGCCAGCGCCUGGUGGACCUGUCCAAGGAGCACCCUGGGGAGCUGGAUGCCGGGUUCACGUCAUACAUACAGUGCGCCGAGAAGCAGUGCGCGGCGAUGAAGGCGCGGUACGGCCUGGCGCCGCACCUCAACCACGCCCAGCUCUUCUCCCACAAAUACCAGGUUGAGGUGGACGGCAACGCGGCCCCCUCCUCCCUCCUCCCAGCCCUCUGCUCUGGCACCCUCACCCUGUCUGCCUCCCUGAUGCGGGAAUGGUACUACACGCGCAUGGUACCGUACCGCCACUUUGUGCCCGUCAACCCCGACUAUUCGGACCUGAUCGACCGGAUCCAGUGGGCCCGCCAGAACGACGCUGCGGCCAAGGGCAUGGCGGCUUCGGCAGCACGGCUGGUGAACGAGCGGCUGCGGCGGGCCGACUGGUCCUGCUACCUGUACCGCCUGCUGCUGGAGUACGGGGCGCUGUACCGCGGGGAGGUCCCCGGCGGCCUGCGCGUGCCCGACCCGCCCUCCCCACCGCCGCCGGCGGUGGACCGCGACGGCAACCCUUUGCCCAACUUUUUCGGGUGGUGA